AUGUCUGAUAUUCCAAUAACUUUAUCCCCUCCACCACCACCUCCCCACAAUCUUGUUUCUGCGCGCGCUCGCGUGCAUAUUGAAUGGGGCGGAGUAAGAUAGUGUAACCAUAUCAUAUUUUUUUUUGUUGGCCGCAAUGUAUGCGAGCACACAAUAGGGCUAAGCCACUUAGCGCUAGUGCGAUCA